AGAGCAGAAAAGAUCGUAGCUCUGUGAAGUAGUGUCCCAGUAUAGAAUUAGCUAGAGCGCCAUCUCUUGUUACGGUUCACACAAUACAAACGAAGAUUAAAUCAAAGUUUCUCAAGUUUAUGAGGUAACUGAGCUACAGAAGACAAACUCAUGAUGGCAGAUUCACACACAGGAUCCUGCAGCACCGUUUCAUCUUUAUUUUCAGUGUCUCUGUUGUCCGUGAUCAAACAAUUGCCAUGUUUCCUAUCUCAGCUCGACAACCUACCAAUCAACGUCAAAGACAACCUUCUUCAUCUCAUGUCCAAGAGAGGUUUACUCACAGACACCAAUGUAGCAAAGGUUGUCCAUAAGCGGACCAAGAUCCUAGAUCUUAGUGAGUCGUCUGUCAGCGACAAAGCUCUGCUGAGAUUGGGAGUAUGCAGGAACUUGAGAAAGAUCGAUCUAAACUCGGCCAAAGGAGAAAGGACAGAGAUCACUGAUGAAGGUGUCCAAGCCCUCGCCACUUCCUGCCCACACCUAAUGAUUGUCUAUCUCCGCCGCUGUGUCAGUCUUGGUGAUCCAUCUACAAUCGCCUUGGCUCAGUCGUGUCACCGUCUCGCGGAACUCAACCUGGGAGGUUGUAUCAGACUGACGGAUGCCUCUCUCCAAGCAAUUGGCAAGCAUUGUACAAUGCUGAAGAGCUUGAAUGUCUCUCGGACGAAGGUUACAGAUGAGGGUAUUUUCAGCUUGUGUAACGGUGCCUGCCAGCAAUCCUUGAAUGAACUUCAUAUGAAUAAUUGCGUCCAUCUCUCAGACGAGGCGAUAGAAGCGGUCGUCAACUUCUGCCCAAAUAUUGCUAUUCUGUUGUUCCAUGGCUGCCCUUGUAUUACAGAUAGAUCAAGACAAGCUCUAGAGAUGAUACAAGGAUCAGGUUCUAAGAUGAAGCAGGUAACAUGGACCAUCUACUAACCAUUUCACAGUCAUGUGAUUUGUCAUGUGAUUCAUACUGGCCAUGAAUAUGUGACACCAUUUGCAAACGGACAAGUCCACCCCCAACAAAAAGAUGAUUUUAAAGAGAAAAAUUCAACAAGCAUAACACUGAAAAUUUCAUCAAAAUUGGAUGCAAAGUUAGACAAGUAUUACAUCUUAAAGCUUCGCUUAAUUUUACAAAACAGUUUUAUGCACAUCCUAGUCGGUAUGCAAAUGAGGAGACUAAUGACGAUAUCCACUCACUAUAACUUUUGUAUUUUAUUAUAUGAAAAGUGAAAUAUUCUAAUUUUCUCCUCAUUGUCAAAUGAAACAACUAUUAAUUUCUCCCUGAACAUGUGGAAUAAGUGCUCAUUGUUUAAUACUACAUGUAUAUGGUUCAGUCAAAUUGGUCCUUAUUGUCAAAUCUAUAAAGAAUGAAAUAUUGUAUAAUUCAAACAAUAAAAAAGAAAAGAAGUAGUGAGGGACAACUUCGUCUGUGUCAUUUGCAUGUCACUGAGUUGUGCAUAUCACUGUUUUGUGAAAAAUAAGCAAAACCUUAAAAUGUCAUAACUCUCUUAUUUUACAUCCGAAUUUGAUGAAAUUUUUAGGGUUAUGCUAGUUUGAGUUUGUCCUAUUUAUUCAAAUCAAAAUUUUUCUGGGGUGGACUUAACCUCUAAGAGCCUCUGAUAUUUAACUUGUUGUUUGAUUUUUGUCUCACUUCUAAUUAUCUGUAAUGAACUUAAAGGGAUGGUCGGGGCAGAAAAUAUUUAUAUCUUAAUACAUAGAGUAGAAUUCGCUGAGCAAAAUGCCGAAAAUUUCAUCAAAAUCAAAUAACAAAUAAUAAAGUUAUUGAAGUUUAAAAUUAGCAAUAUUUUGUGAAAACAGUCGUCAUGAAUAUUCAUUAGGUGGGCUGAUGAUGUCACAUCCCCACUUUCCGUUUUCUUAUGUUAUUACAUAAAAUCAUAAUUUUUUCAUUAUUUCAUACUUGUGUGAAUAAUAUGUCUCCCUUAUAAUGAAAUAAGUUGCAGCAAUAAAUAUCUAAUGCACUAAAUCAGUUGUCAAUCCAAUUUUUCUAGUUCUUGGAGGAAAAAAAUUGAAUAAACCUAAUUUCAUAUAAUAAAAUACAAACUCUUUUCACAAAAUAUUGCUAAACUUUAAAAAUCAAUAACUUUGUUAUUUGUUAUCCGAUUUUGAUGAAAUUUUCGGCAUUUUGCACAGUGAAUUCUACUCUAUAUAUUAAGCUAUAAAAACUUUCAGCCCGGACCAUCCCUUUAAGACGUACAUUGUAUGUAUCUAAGUGCUUACAGAUUUAUUACUACCCCUGUCUUGCCAAAGGACGCUGGGCCAUGGUGACUUUCAAACUCACGACCCUCUGAUUAUGAGGGGGAGAUGUGAAACCACUACACAACAGCUCCUAUACUAAUACUAAAUUUAAUGAGGUUUUAUUGAUCUAAUGGCUCUUAUUUUUCAAAGGUUGAAUCUAUUGUCAGGUAAACAGAAAAGUAUACCAUACAACAUCGUUGAUGUAUGAAUAAAUCCAUGUGAAAUAUUUGUGCCAUGUUUCAAUUUAAUAGAAAUGUCUAAAUUAAAAAAAAAAUCAACCAGUAUUUCGUUAGAUAUCUGAAGCAUGGAUUGGGGGGGAAAAAAAAGAUGGAUAUAGUUUAAUGAUAUGCAGCCAUAUUUUAAAUUUCUAGGAUAAGCAAUGAAUAAAAAAAUAAAGUAAAGAUUACUCAGUGAAGGCAAUAAAUGGACAAAUUCAAAUAAGUAAUGUAGUGUUCACUAAGAUGUUGUAAGAUUUGAUUGUUGGAAUAAUAUUUCAAUACACAUGUAACUCAUAUUCUUAACUUUCAUUACCAAAGCUUUAGACAGGCUUUAAAGGGGUACUCUGGGUUGAAAAUAAUAUGAUUUGAACAGAUGAAGUAAAACCAGACAAACAAAACACUGACAUUUUCAUAAAAAUCGGACAAGGAAUAACAAAGUUAAAAAUUUGUCAUUUAAAUCAAGGUUAAUUGUCACCAGUAAUGCAAAGUUGUCUUUGUGAAAUCGUGGAAUCGUAGCUCAACACCAAUAGUCUGAUGAUCAAUAACAUAGAAAAACAUAUGUGGGACAGUGUAUUAAUAUUGCUUGGAAAAAUAACUGACAUUUUGAUGGAAUUCCGUGCUUAUUUUGCCAAUUUCUCGGCAAUUACGCGUUUUCCUCCAGAGCAGUUUUGCACAUAUUUUUUUUCAUUUUUACAUACAAACACUUUGGUGGUAAUUUUAUUUGAUUCUGUUUGAACUCAUUUUGAGAUCGUUACCUCAACUGGUAUUUAUCUUUAAAGAAAGGUGUGUUUAUCUUCAAUUAUUUCUGAGUAUAGGCUGUGCCAUAUUUUUUUAUAGCCAUGCAUUAAAUGUUGUGUUUGGUCAUUUUAUUUUAUAUUUUUGUUGCAUCACAAAUACAAAAACAUACAAAAUAUAAAUUUUCUUUCAUACAGUAGGUUCGUUUUCAUUAAAGUUCAACAUAGAUCUGUAAUAUUAUUUUGUUUAAACACACCCAGAAGAAAAAAGAAGUAUGCAAAAAUGCGAAAGGGUGAGCAUGGAAAGACAGUUAUUUAUUAUUUAAAUGAUUGUCCAUUAAAACGUAUGCUUUUGGUAAAAUGCUCUUGAUAUUUUUUGCUUUUUCAAAAUUGACAAAGUAAGCUAACUUGUAAAUCCAAUAUUUAUUUCAAAAAGUGCCAUCAUAAGACCCUAAAUCUUGAUGUAUUUGGUUUGUUGUGUGUGCUUCAAAUUGUAAAUAUGAUUUAUACAGAUUUUUAUUUCUUUUAAGAUUAUAUUUAUUUUUUAAGUAUUUGUAAUGUGUUUGCACUUUCAUGUAUAAAGGAUGUUUGACAUUCCAUUCCAGUAAUAACA